AUGUCAUCACCACCACUACAAACCUCCUCUCGUCCCCCACCAAUCCAAACAACUUUCUCCUCCCCACUCUCCCUCCCAACCCUCGACCGUCCUCGUCCACCAUCUCAUCACCUCUCAAAUCCUUCUUCAACAUUAACAACCCCGAAGACAAGUCCACACAGUGCCCGUUUCUUUCACAAUCACCACCAUGCCCAUAAAUCUACAUCUUCAAAUCCGUCCUCUGCGAUCUCCCACCCGGAUCCUUUAUUAUCCCGUCUGACACCUACCACGAUCACAAAAAUGUCCGACCAGGAUUUCUUACCCGGUGAGAAGGAAGUCGGCGUUUGGGCUGCUUCUGCAGCAGAAAAUAUUGAAGGUUGGUUGGAGGAAGUUGAAGCUUGGGAGGCUGUUACUUUUUGGAGUAAAGUUGACGGGGGAGGGUUUAGGAUACCCUCUAGAAAAGAUGGUGGGAGGAAGAAGAGGAGAAAAGUCGAUUUGGAACUUGGUAUCAAGAAUAAUUCAGCAUCUACAAUUUCAACAAGAUCAAAAGAUGCCGAUACUGCUACCAAUAACGCAAAUGGGAAAUCCACAAAGUUACCGGUUGCUAGACGAUUAUUCACCGAUGAACAUUUAUCAAUUUCUCCGGCUCUCGAUAAAUCUACCAAACCCUCCUCCUCCUCUUCAUCUUCUUCUUCUGCCAAAAACAAUACAAAUGGAAUCAGAAUCCCUUCUUUAAAACUCUCCCAAAAGACAAAGGAUACAAUAUCAAUGUCGCAAAUCGACGAACUCCUUUCUCCCACUGCGACUCCUCUCCUCGCAAAACGUCUCGAUCUCGAUACAAUUCACCACCAUCAUAACGGUUCAAGUUCUCCGAUGACCCCAGGACGUCUAUGGACUUCAUAUAAUAAUAAUAAUAAUACCAACAAUACCAACCGUCCAUUAUCACCAUUCUCCCCAUACGAUAAACUCCAAAAGCGAAGGUCAUUACAAGUAUCACACAAUAUAAUCGGUACGGGAGCCUUUGGUCUCGGAAUCUCAACUGGUGCCGGAACACCCACGAUCCUCAAACGUCAAACGUUCGAUUUCACACCUAGAGACGAAAAAGAUAGCAUCCGAUCUGUUAGUGGGGGAAGUUAUAGACCCAGCUCUAGUCCUACAAAAUCCGCCCCAUUAGAAGGGAACCCCUUUCUAGGCGCUCUACCGCCGACAAGUAAUCCUAUGACAACAUCUCCAAGACUAGACCCAGCAACAGAUUCGGAAACAGAUCUAAUCCACUCCUCAUCACCUUCCUCUCCAAUCUUCUCCUCCACGGAAUCAAGUUCUGAAGAAGAAGACGAAGAAGAAGAGGGAGAUAUAGAAGAUACAGAAGACUCCCUCAAAUUCCUCGGCUCGCUAACCCAAAAGACACUGACUUACAUCUCCACCCGAAUAACCACAAUCUCCACCUCCCUCUCAGAACUCGACAUCGAAGGUCUAAAAUCCCGAGUCCUGCAUUUCAAAUCCCAACAGAUAGAUGAACUGGGUAAUGGUCGUAUGAGCGAUAGUCUCGCCGUCAUUACCGCCACAACUUUACAGUUAUUACCACCUUUACAUCGUCUUUGGGGAUUACUAGAUAUUUGGGGUGUUAGAGUUGAGGUCUGUAGGGUUGUCCCCACUUUUCUUGGAAACUUGAAAAAGGCGGAAGGGAUUAUCCUUCCUUUUGCUUCAUAUGUUUCUAGUAAAAGUGGGAAAGCGAGGAAAGAUGUUGAUGAUGAGGGGAAAAGAUGGUUAGAAGAGAUCGCUGAAGGUGUACCCGAGGAUUCGGUUCAAGAAUCUACACUCUGGACCUUAGAGAAAGGUGUUGAUGUCGUGUGGGAGAAACGGAAAGCAGAGGUCGUGGAAGUUGUGGGGAUGUGUGGGAAAAUUAUCGACGGUAUGUUGGAUCUAUUGGAAGGUAGGGAGGAAACCGUACCUGAAGAAUGGAUUGAUCGGCUGGAAGCUGUGGAAGGCGCUUUGGAGAAUUGGGCUUUUGGAGAAGAAGGGAGAGCUGAGGAGUUGAAGAGGAAGUGGAAGGAAGUUGUGGUCAGACGAAGGGAAGAUGAAGACAGAGUUUAUGAGGAGGAGAUUGAAAGGAGGCGGGCUGAGGCGAUGGAAAGAGCUAAGAGGGCAGAGGAAGAGAGGGUUGAAAUGGAGAGACUGAGAAUGGAAGAAGAGGAACGACAAAAGGGUUUGGCCGAACAAGAGAGGCUACGGAGGGAAGAAGAGAAACGGAUUCGACGGGUGGAAGAAGAGCGAUUACGACAGGAAGCCGAAGAAAGGUUGAAAAGAGAGGAAGAGGAACGACGGCAACAAGAGGAAGUCGAACGAUUACAAAAGGUUGAAGCAGAACGUUUACGCCUCGAAGAAGAAGAACGACAGUCUAAAGUUCGAGAAGAGCGUCGACAACAAGCAGAAGAAGAGGAACGGAUACGAAAGGAGGCAGAGGCAAAACGACGCCGGGAGGAAGAGGAUGAACGGUUAAGACUUGCCUACCUGGAGCAGGUUAAAAAGGAUGAAGAAGAGAAGAAGAAGAAGGAGAUCGAGGAGGAGUUUAGCCGCAAGUUGGCCGACGAGGAAGCUGAAAGGCGGAAGGCGGAAGAGCAACGAGUCAGGGAGAUCGAAGAGCGAAUGAUGAGGAAAUACGAAGAGAUGGAGAGGGCAGCAGAGGAAGAGGAAAGGAGGAAAGCCGAAGAAGCUUCAAAACUCGCCGACGCGCCUAUUGAUUCACCAGCUCCCGUGGACACGGAACAGAUCAUCACCGUGACAACAAUGGAUCGGGAAGAACAGCCUCUGACAUCAGAAAUCAAGAUAAACCUCAGCGAAGCGCCCCCACUUGUGCUAGAACCGCAAAAGGAAAUUCUUUCCGAGUUCCCGGUGCGCGAAGUGGAAGUUGUUAGCGAUAGUGGUGCAGUCGACGUAUUGCCCCUGAUAUUCGAGGACAUUGAAGCCGAAGCCCUCGGAGAGUCUGAGGUGGUUGUUAAGAAUGUCCCUACCCUGCUCGAAACGGAGGAAGAGGUACCUGUUGAUUCGAAGGAAGCUUUCAAGUUGGCUAUGCCACCGCAGAUGCAGGUGCCGCUUUUGACGCCGAUUGUUGAGGAACGACUUACGCCUAUGAUUGGAAUUGAGAAAUCUGGAGAGGAGGUUGGAGGUGCUGCCUUCUUUGGGCCUGAAGUGGAGGUUGAGGUGCGAAAGGUUCCUGUCAAGCCUGAGCAUAAGAUCGAAGAGGCAGAACCGGUGACUGUCGAGGUGGUGGCUGAUAUCGUGCCUGUCUUGACUGAGGAUCUUGUUUCUACAAGCUUUAAGGAGGAACCCGAGGAGCUGCCCACAAGGGCUGUUUCUCCUACCCCACUUGAGCCGACUCGAGAGCCUUCCCUUGAUGGGGAAUCGAAGGGAGAACGUAGCAUCUCGCCCUUUGAGCCUACGGAUGUCAGCCCACCUCCAGAGCCUCAAACUCUUCAGACAGCCUCGGAACCCGCAAAGAUACAGGAACCUGUCGCAGAAUCGGAGGUGCAACAGCUGCCACCGACCUCGGCAUCAACCCCGAAGUCCACUGAAGAUGAAGAUGCAGGCGAAGACACUGUCAUAAUCAACUACGACUAUGACGAAAGCGUUCCAUCAUCACCCAUAAUCACAGAGCAAGAAACCACAGCAGACACCAUUGAAGAAUCCGUUCUUUCAGUUUCACCGUUACAAACUCCUCCACGACCGAAGAGUAAAUCCAACGGACAACUCGAUAUUGUGACCGAUCUGUCAAGACCGAUAUCACCGGUUUUGAACGUUCCGGAAUCCAUCCCUGUUUUGAAGAUUCAAGCUGCAACACCGAUUGAGGGCCGACAUGGUAGCGUGGUUUUGGAUAUGGUCGAGCUUCAAGAUCAGCUUGGAGAGUUUUCGCCAGGUGAUGAUUACUAUUAUGAGGAAGAAGAGUUGAUGGAGUCUGAUGUUAGGGUUGUAGUUUCUGAGGAGGGUGGGGACGUUUUGGUGCCUGUUGUUGAGGGAGCCCAGGAUACAACCGGUCCGGUUGUGGAUGGUGUACCUGAAAUGUCGAUGGAAGCUGUUGAGCCCCGGCCCUUUAACGUCGAAACUCCUGAAGUUGAGGCUAUCGAAGCCCAAAUUCCACAGAUUGCCCCAUCACCACCACCAACGGAGACUAUUGAACAGACUAGAGUGGCAGUGUUAACCAAAGCAGUUCAAGAGGACAAACCGAAAUCGGGGACCACCGAACGUGCUGCGCAACCAUCACCAUACCUCGCUCCCACUGUUCUGGCGGCUGAUGAUUAUGUAUCUGAUAUUGACGACAGCGAUGUUGCGACCGAGGCCGACGACGAGGAAUUCCAGGAAGAGCUUAGAAAGGAACGGCUUGGUGAAGAUUCCCCGCUUACGGAGGCCCCAGUCAUGACUACAGAGACGAAAUCUCCAGUUGCGCCGACUAUUUCGAAGUUUGAUACAGUUCCACAGUCACCUCGGACGGCUACUACGGAACAGGCCGAUAGUGCUAACGCCCCUGUGACGGUCCAAAUCAAUGGAGAAGACGCAGCAAAUCUCCCCGAAACAUCUAAGAAGCCUGCAGAACCUGCAAUCCAAAUCCAGCAUAACACUGUCAAAGAUGUUGUGGGCACAGAGGGCGGAAAGUUUCAGCUUAGUGGUUUCUAUAAGCCUAAGAAAAAAGUUAUCACAGAAAGCUUUGGCAGUUUGCAAUCUUUGGACGUUACGAAAGAUGAGACUAGUCAAGCGAGCCUUAGUCCAACAGGGAGCGUUAUACACCAUCAACUCGAUGAUUCGUUCGGCCAGAGUUUCAAUCAGAGUUUUAAUAGUACUCGUUCUGAGGAUACUGUUCCUGAUGGGAUUGGGCCGGAGAUUACGAUCGAUGAACCUGUUGCCGAACCUGCUGCCGAGCUGAUUCCUCAAACGCCGACGAUUGAGGAAGAAGAAGUUUCGCCAAUUAGGGAGGAGUUUGGCGAUGUUCGGUUUGGAGAGGAACAACCUGAAAUUAAACCUCCAGCACCUGAGUUUGCGGUUGAUGAGAAAAAGAAGGGGAAUACGCUGCCGAGGAGGGGGUCGAAGGCUCAGGAGCCUAGGCCGGUUUAUAACUUUCCUACUCCACCAAAGCCACGACAGUCAAGUGUUAGCAGUACUAGCAGCUCGAGUUCUAAGACAUCUGAAGUUGCUGCUAAACCCGCUAGGCCCCAGGGUAUUAGGCGUGUGUCUAGUAUCCCUACCAUCGCACCGCCUAGGACGCAGGCGCCGAAGGAGGUGAAUACGCGAGACGGCAGGAGUACGCCGCAGCUACAACGACCUUCUCAAAUUCCGUCUGGGAGGUCUUCUCGUCAGAAUCUUAGGCCGGAAUCGAGAUUGUCUGGAAUUCCGAAGAAGACCUCGUCGAGCCAUCUUAACGAAGAUAGCGCUUCUACGGGGAUACUUAAGAAAGUAUCUUCGAAUAACCUUGCGGCGGAUGGCGGGAGGAGUGUACUUAGGAAACCAUCUUCGAGUCAUCUGCCUACCGCUGCAGUACCAAAGCGAACUUCAAGUGCGAACAAGACCGAACCUACCUUGGCUAAGAAGAAGGGUAGUAUCAGUGGUCUUUCAUCGCGCGAAAUUGCACCAAAGACGUCUUCCCAGGAGCUUCGGAACAUCCCUAGCAGGGCAUCUUCAAGGCUUGGUUCUAGAGCGUCCUUGCGUGGACAAGGUAGCGCUCAGUCUUUAAAGAGUCUUCCUUCGCCAACUUUGGCAAGGGAUCCGGCGCAUCAGGUGCCUGAUACCGGGCUUAGGGGACAAGGCAGCAAAAGUUCACUCCGAGGAUUUCAAUUGCCUACUCAAACUCCACAGCCAUCACCGUCUAAUUUGUCCAAAUACCAGGCCCCACAAAAUCAUACGAAUUCACCGACCCACGAGUCGAGCCAGACGAUUAAAGUUGUUAAGCGCAAAAAUAAUCUUGGUACGAAACCACCAUUAUCGCAGCAUCGGGCCCCUGUCAACGAGAAGGAAAGAGGGAAUGGUACAAAGUCACCAGAUGGAUCUACGCCCGAUUUCCCAAGUUUACGACAUGUUCUUAAUCCUCCUAGUACGCCUAUGAAGGGGAAGGAAUUGGAAGAUAGGCUCGAGAGGAAGAUUUAUAAGAUUUUGAUCGGGUUGCCUACGUUGACUAUGACUCCUUCACCGAUGAAGAAACCUGCUCCGCCGCCGAUAAAUACUUCCAUUGAGCCACCUGCUCGACCCCGAGCUGGAGAAUCGAAACUUCCGGUUGCUAGGACGCCUUCGACUCCUACUGUUGGACAGGCACCGAAUUUGACUGUAUCAUCAAAGAGGACUAUUUCUCAGCCAGGUGAGGUUAAGAUGUACCACUUGCACAAAUCUGAUGAGGAGUCCCCUGUCAAGUUAUUCGUUAGACUUGUUGGUGAUAAAGGCGAGAGGGUUAUGGUCAGAGUUGGAGGUGGAUGGGCGGAUCUUAAGGAGUACUUGAUUGAAUAUGCGUCUCAUCAUGGUAUUCAGGGACAAAGGAAGACGCCCAACGAGAGUGUUGUUGAGUUUGGAGAUGAUGCGAGGUCCUUGAGGGCUAGUGGAUCGAAUAGCUCGUUGAGGAGUAGUUAUAGGGGUAGUCCGACGCCGACGUUCGGGAAUAGUAGACCUAGUUCGCCGUUGGCGGUGAGGGGUACGCCUGGGAGAGCAGAGUCGCCGUAUUCCAGCCGGAAGCAGCAACAAGAGAGUCCGAGGUACUCUUACAACGGCAGCGAACGAACGCAAACCAGAGGUUCACCUAUUACACCGAAAUACGACAGGCCGGUUACACCUGGAUCCGCCCAACGUGAUUCAUACACCUCCCCCAACAGUUUGAACGCCGAUCGAUUACUUUCGGCGAAUAAUUUCCGAAGACCUACAUCACGACUUAGCUUUGGAGAUUUUCCGGACGCUAAUGAGCUACCAUCUGUGAUGCCUUCGAUACCAUCUGUACCAUUGGGACUUGCGGGGCCCAAGAGUAGGAAUUUGGAGAUAUCGGCGGAGAAGCAAGCGUGGGUUGAUGGAAUGUUGGGACAAGUUCGUAAGGCGAGCGCGGAGAGGAAUGUUAGACUUGGGUUUCCGAGGAUGGGGUCGGCUAAUAGCUUGCAGAGCGGCGGCGGCGGUGGUGGCGUGGUGGAGGAUGAUAAUGUUAGUGUCAGUAGCGGGAGUGGGAUUGGGAGUGUAGGCGGUGGAGUGGGACCUAGGUUGACGGAUAUGGGAAGAGUUGGUGGUACUAGGAGGAUGUAUGCUACUAAUACUACUAAACCGGCUGGAUAUUUGGGGAUGCAGAAGGGGGGGAAGGGGUCUAGUAGUAGUCUUAGACAGGCUGAAUCUGGGAGGGAAGGGGAGACUGCUUCUGGGAAGCAGACGGCUGGGAGGAGUGGGUAG